AUGUCCAGGCAUGCACAACAGCUUAGAGACCAUGAUACAAAUCCAUGUAUAGCGGAAACAGAUGCCUCUCUAAAAUGUAUGGAUGACAACAACUCUAACAAGGUUAUGUGUACUGAUUACUUUUUGAAAUACAAAAACUGCAGGAAGUUCUGGCAUGACAUCAUGAUGCAGAGGAGAAGAAAUGGUGUGAAACCAGAGAUGCCCUCAGCAGAAGAGAGAAGAAAAAUGUUGGAAUCAAUGGGGACACCCUACUGA